ACGACUCGCCGCCACGUCAGUGGUAAAAAAACAUUAAUUUGUUCCUUUUUCGCGAAUGUAAGUGAUUCCGGCGAGUUGUAAGUAAAAAUUGUUUUGCUUUUCCAUUCCUUGUCCUUAUCAACGUGUUUCGAGGCAUCCAGUUGGGGUAGCUACAUAUCUGCAGCUUUCGCUUGUGCCGCUAUUUUCCUGUGCACAGUUUCCGACCAAACGGCAGUCGCAUUUUCCUGCAUACUUAAACAAGCACCGAGCCACAAUGCGAAUUCUAUCGGUAUUCGCGUUAGCGCUAACGUUCGCCGCUGUAGCGCUUGCAGAAGAAGAGGUCAAAACCGAGGAUGGAGUGUUGGUUCUGACUAAGGACAACUUCGAUUCCGUCAUCGCCAACAACGAAUUCGUGCUCGUGGAGUUCUACGCUCCCUGGUGUGGACACUGCAAGGCUCUGGCACCGGAAUACGCUAAAGCUGCUAAGGUACUAGCCGACAAGGAAUCUACAAUUAAGCUUGCCAAGGUAGACGCCACCGUCGAACCCGAACUUGCCGAGAAGUAUGGCAUCCGUGGAUACCCGACUCUCAAGUUCUUCCGUAGCGGAUCUCAAGUCGAUUACACUGGUGGACGCGAACAGGACACAAUCGUGUCGUGGCUGGAGAAGAAAACGGGCCCCGCUGCUAAAGAGCUCGAAACGGUCGAGGCUGCAGAGGAAUUUUUGAAGGAAAAUAAUGUAGCCGUUGUUGGAUUCUUCCAAGACCGUGAGUCGAAGGAAGCCAAGGCGUUCAUGGCAACGGCGGUCGCCGUGGAUGACUAUCCUUUCGGCGUUACAAGCAGUGAGGAUGUGUACAAGAAGUAUGAAGCGAAGUGUGGCUCUGUGGUUCUGUUCAAACAUUUCGAUGAAGGAAAGGCUGUAUUUGAAGGAGAAGCAACAGAGGAAGCGCUGAAAAAGUUCGUCACCGCUCAGGCACUGCCAUUGAUUGUUGACUUUAGCCAUGAAACAGCGCAAAAGAUCUUUGGCGGAGAAAUCAAGAGCCAUCUUCUGUUCUUCAUCUCGAAGGAAUCAGGACACUUGAAGGAAUUUGUUGAACCAGCCAAGGAAGUGGCCAAAAAGUUCCGUGAGCAGAUCCUGUUCGUGACGAUCGAUGCCGACCAAGAGGACCACACUCGCAUCUUGGAAUUCUUUGGCAUGAAGAAAGAUGAGGUUCCGUCGCUACGAAUCAUCCGUUUGGAAGAAGAUAUGGCCAAAUACAAACCCGAAACGAACGACUUGUCGGCAGAUAAGAUUCUGGAAUUCGUGCAGUCGUUCCUCGAUGGUAAGGUGAAGCAGCAUUUGCUGUCUCAAGAUCUUCCGGAGGAUUGGGAUAAGGAGCCAGUGAAAGUGCUCGUAGCCACCAAGUUCGAUGAGGUUGCAUUCGACAAAACUAAGGAUGUGUUGGUUGAAUUCUAUGCUCCGUGGUGCGGCCACUGCAAACAGCUGGUGCCAAUCUAUGACAAGCUUGGAGAGAAAUACAAGGACAGUGACAGUGUAGUCAUCGCUAAGAUUGACGCAACCGCCAACGAGCUGGAACACACCAAGAUUUCUUCAUUCCCUACCAUCUAUCUGUACCGAAAGGGUGACAACGAGAAGAUCGAGUUCAAGGGAGAACGCACGCUGGAAGGAUUCGUCAAGUUCCUAGAAGGAGAAAAGGACGAGCAGCAGCCAGAGGAAGAGGAGAAGGAAGAUAAACCGGCGAAGGACGAGCUAUAAGCGCAGUGAGAGUGGGGCCUCACCAAAACACGAUUGUCAUCAGUGUCUGUCCGGCCUCGUACGUUGAGCAACACGCAGAAAAGAAAGAAAAGCAAAUGAAUUAAUACCAUAAUAAGCUUCACAACUAUUCAAAGUCCAAAAUCAUCAUCAACAAAUUGGCAAACAUGUUUCCGUGUAACCGAUUUUAAAACGUAACUCGGCAUGUAACAAAUGUACGGUGAAGCCUCAUAUGCAGAUUCCACUGAAGAGCAAGCGUGUGUGCGUAAUGGUUAUAUGAAACUUCGCGAAGAGACUGUAAUAUACUAUAUUUUAUGAUGGAACCUGUAAGAUGUUAGACGAAGCGAUAUAGAUAAAUUACACAAUCUACAACAUCCAAUACGUUCGCGAUUCAAGAUCUAUUUUUUGUAGGCUUUCUUUGCAGUAGGUACUGUUUUGAACAUUUAAUAAUCGUUUGCCUGACUUUCCUUCAGUUCGAGUAUCCAUCGUCCUUGGUUGCUGCAAGGACGGACUUCACUGAACGUAGGCGAAAAUAGUAAAUCACUGCUGAAAAAAUCGUGCAAACAGGCCAUCAUCAUCAGGCGAAAAAAAAACAGAAACUUUAAGAUGGUGUAUGAAUUCCAAUUAAAAACUAACUUCGAUCCCGUAGGGAAACAAAUAGUAGAAAACGUAUACAGUUGUAUUGCAUUUCAUAAGAUCCUUCUUUAAGAGCACGCCGAGCAGAAUGUUAUAUUAACAUUAUGAGCUAAACCUCCAUAGUUUUUCCGUGAUGGUUAGAGAAAAGCAGAUGAAUUCUUCCCACACACGAGAAUUAUGCAGAAUCCACAUUUACAACUACACUCACACACGACAACAAAACAUGUAACACUGGAGUCAUUAAAAUGAAACCUUCACAAAACUGAAAUGAAGCGGGUCUUUCCUUGACUUACUGUUUUACAAGUGCGAUCCUCGUUUGCUUUUUUGGCCCGCAUUCCUUUGUAAUAUUAUUCAUUGUAUGUUCGUUCUUCUACUCCUUGAACGACUUCCUUUUUUAAAUGCAUAACGGUAAUAAAAUAGCGACCGGAGGAGUGAGUGUUCA